CACCAGCCUCACUCCAUUCUUGAAAUCUUUUGACUCCAUCUACAACCUCAAAUCAAAUGGCCCGGGGACCAAACUGGCUCAGCAAAGAAGAUGCCCAACUUGCAAGGAGUUGGCUUCACACCUCACAAAAUCCAAUCUAUGCAAAUGCGAUGAAACGCGAUCAAUUCUGGGAGACAACGGCAGUACACUUCAAUGAGAACUCAGCAGGAGGUCACCGAGAAGGGAAGGAUCUAUCAACCCGAUGGGCAAAACUCCGAGCGGCUGUGACUAAGUUUUGUGGGAUAUACGCAUCAAUUGAGCGCAACCCACCCUCUGGAAGCGAACCACUUGAUUGGCUCAAUCAAGCAAAAACUCUGUUUACGGACCAAACCGGAAAGCCCUUUGGCUUUGAGAGCGCCUGGAUGGAGCUUCGCAAUGCCCCAAAGUGGAGGAUCCUGUUGGAUAAGGCACCAGCCCCAACUCUUCUUGCCAUCACUGAGGCACAAUCGACUCCACCCCCACCUCCACCAUCCAGUGGAACUGUUCCCAACACACCUAACACACCCGCAAGCGAGCCAGCAACCGAAGCCCCCAGCGCUAAUGAAGGAAGACAGCCACCUGGGGUCAAAGCAGCUAAGAGAGCUUUGACCCAGAGUGAAUUCCUCCAGAAGAAGAUCAAGCUCAUGGAGUCAUCCGUGAAAGAAACGCACGACUUAAGCCGCAAGCGAUUCCAAGAGACGUCGCGCGCAAACAAUUUACAAGAGAAAGUGGUUGAUAUGGAUAUAUUAUCGAAGGACUUGUCAAUGUGUGUCGACGAAUUCGAACGUGCCUAUUAUACCAAAGCCAAGAAAACCAUACUCCAGCCAAUGGAAUAG